CAGUCACAUGAGAGCCACCACCACCACCACCGCAACAACCGCAACAACCACAACAACUCGUAGAAACAGUCGACAGCAACAGCCAAAAAAGACGCCUGGCAAUGGCGAGACCAACAGGCGGCCUGGUAGCCAAGGGAACAGCCAGACCAGUAGAGGCCGUAGCAACAGCCGUGACAACAACACUGGUCAGACUGCCGACAACAGGCAAACAAAGGGGCGGGCCAAGGGCGGCAGCGUUGCCCGUAGCAACAGUCGGACUGUCGGGCGGGCUGAUGGCGAUGCCAACAGGCAGACUGACGGUCAGUCUGACAAGCAGGCAGACAGUCAGAGCAUUCACCCAGUUGACACACAGGCAGACAGUCAAAGUAGUCACCCAGCUGACAGGCAGACAGACAGUCAGAGCAGUCACCCAGCUGACAGGCAGACAGACAGUCAAAGUAGUCACCCAGCUGACAGGCAGGCAGACAGUCAAAGUAGUCACCCAGCUGACAGGCAGACAGACAGUCAGACUAGUCACCCAGCUGACAGGCAGACAGACAGUCAGAGCAGUCACCCAGCUGACACACAGACAGACAGUCAGAGUAGUCACCCAGCUGACACGCAGGCAGACAGCCGGCCUGACAUGCAGACAGACAGUCAGACUAGUCACCCAGCUGACACACAUGCAGACAGUCAGAGCAGUCACCCAGCUGACACACAGGCAGACAGUCAGAGCAGUCACCCAGCUGACAGGCAGACAGACAGUCAGACUAGUCACCCAGCUGACACACAGACAGACAGUCAGAGCAGUCACCCAGCUGACACACAGGCAGACAGUCAGAGCAGUCACCCAGCUGACAGGCAGACAGACAGUCAGACUAGUCACCCAGCUGACACACAGACAGACAGUCAGAGUAGUCACCCAGCUGACACGCAGACAGACAAUCAGAGCAGUCACCCAGCUGACACGCAGACAGACAGUCAGAGCAGUCACCCAGCUGACAGGCAGACUAACAAUCAUUGUGACACGCAGGCAAACUGUGAGGCCAACAGCCCGAACGGCGACAGCCAAAGCAACAGUCAGACAAAGGGUGAAACUGGGGAGAGCCACAGCGACAGCCGAGACGACAGCCGGACGGACAGCCUCACUCACGGCCAGCCCGAUGGUCGGACGGAUCGCCGCCAUGGCGACGGUUGCACCAGCAGCAGCAGCAGCAGCCAGACCGUCGGCCAGACAGGCGGCCAAAGUCAGGACAGUCUGACCAACAACAGCCUCACCGACAGCCAAAGCAGCAGCAGCGGUGAGGCUUACAGCCACGGCAACGACAGCCAUGACAACGGCAGCCACGGCAACAGCAGCCACGGCAACAGCAGCCACGGCAACAAGAGCCACGACAACAGCAGCCAUGGCAACAAGAGCCACAGCAACAGCAUCCAUGGCAACAAGAGCCACGACAACAGCAUCCAUGGCAACAAGAGCCACGGCAACAGCAGCCACGGCAACAAGAGCCAUGGCAACAAUAGCCACAGCAACACCAAUAACAAUAACCACAUGAACAGCCGCAUCGGCGACAGUCAGACUGACAGCUGUGAUGGCAACAGCAAGCCCAUAGCCAUCAGCCCUAGCAACAGCCCUAGCAACAGCCCUAGCAACAGCCCUAGCAACAGCCCUAGCAACAGCCCUAGCAACAGCCCUAGCAACAGCCCUAGCAACAGCCCUAGCAACAGCCCUAGCAACUGCCUUAGCGACAGUGGUCAGAACAGCAUCCCGAGCAUUUCACAGGCUGACAUGGAAACAGGCGAAGGGUUUGUGGGUGAGAAUGGAGAGGUGGUUGCUAUGGAGAGGGCGAAGCCGGUUGCUCUGGAGAUGGAGUCAUCGGUAGCCUUGGAGACGAAGAAUUCGGUUGCCAUGGAGAUGGACAAGACGGUUGCCGUGGAGACGGGGAGAGCGGCCAUCUUGAAAGCGGCACAAAGAGAUGAGCAGGAGAGGAAAGAGAGGAAGCAGCGUCUCGAGCAAAUCAUGUCCCGGACUCGGAAGAAUCACGGACACAGACGGAGGCAGGAGACUGUCCCCGUAUCCCCCUGUCUGCCUGUGUCCCCGUGUCCACCUGUGGAUACCUAGUCACAGUGUUUAGAGACACAGACACACACACAUAGACACACAGACAGACACACACACAGACACUGCCUGACAAGUGCUCAAAUAAGCUUUGAGAUGCUUGAAAUUACACUGAAAGACAGAAAUGGGAACAUGGGUUUUAGAGAACACACAGAGGGUACAGACAUUGUCAUCAACCAUCCUCAUCACUGGUCUCCAUCCAGCAGUAUAGAGACAUGUUGAUGAAGAUUACACUGAGGGGCAGAGAGAGGAACAUGUGGAUUACAGAGACCCAUAAACUCAUCACACAGAGACCCACAGACUCACCACACAGAGACCCACAGACUCACACAGAGACCCAUAAACUCAUCACACAGAGACCCACAGACUCACCACACAGAGACCCACAGACUCAUCGCACAGAGACCCACAGACUCGUCACACAGAGACCCAUAAACUCAUCACACAGAGACCCAUAAACCAAUCACACAGAGACCCACAGACUCACCACACAGACACCCACAGACUCGUCACACAGACCUAUAGACUCAUCACACAGAGACCCACAGACUCACACAGAGACCCAUAGACUCACCACACAGAGACCCACGGACUCAUCACACAGAGACCCACAGACUCACCACACAGAGACCCACAGACUCACACAGAGACCCAUAAACUCAUCACACAGAGACCCACAGACACACCACACAGAGACCCAUGGACUCAUCGCACAGACACCCACAGACUCGUCACACAGAGACUCACAGACUCAUGAUACAGAGAUCCAAAGACUCACCACACAGAGACCCACAUUCUCCACACAGAAAUCCAUAGACUCACUACAGAGAGACCCAGAGACGGUCAAGAUGAAUAACGACAGAGCAGCUGGAACAACGGGGCACGGUCCUGGGCCUCCCCUAGGUCGACUCGGCCUCAAAUGCGUACCUGGUGUAGCGGUGUGUAGUCAACGUCGCCACUGGGGAGACAAAGGCGACCGGGCGUGGUGUUGGCCACCCACCCCCUCGUGCGCCGUGCCGGCCUUCACAGGUGCCGCUACUCGCUGCUAACAGCACUUGCCCCACAGUCUGUUACAGGCUGCACGGGGGAUCUUUGUCUUUGGGGCGACGGUUAGCGCCACGCUGCGCUACGGAGUCGGUAGAGACCCGAGUUCCACUGCCCUCCUACGGCCACCACCAACACCGGCGAUUAUCUGAACCGGUCCCGGGCCUCCCCUAGGUGGACACAGCCUCAAAUGAGUACCUGGUGCUGUGUGAAGUGAACGUCGCCACGAGGGAGACAAAGGCGGCCGUCCCUGGUGCUGGCCACCCACCGUGUCAGUGUGCCACAGUGCCAGCAGCCCCAGACAGUCCGUUACAGGCCGCGUGGGUUGACUCAUGGGUAGCUGAGCCUCUUCAAAGCUGUGUCUGGCCAGCGUGAAAGAGUAGGCCAAGUUUCUAGUGGGGUUCACUGGAGCUGGUGAAACCGUGACGGCGUUGUCACAUAACCUUAGCAGGUUAGUAGCCGAUGGUUGGCUGUAUCGCUAGUCUAGUGGAGGCCCUACCGCCGCUAGCAGCAGUGGCAGCGGGCAAUUGCAGCCUUCCAUCACCUGUACCCACCAGCAUGUACCACGAGAGUGUUAUUAGUAAUGAAGUGUUGUUGACAGUGUGUACACAAGUUAGUACUUAUUGUAUCGACCCCUUGGAAGGGGUGGUGCUAAUGCAUAUUCUACUUUUGUAAGGGUUUGCAGCAAACCCAGGAUCGGCAUCUUUAUUUUACCGUGGAGAAAUCCGAUGAGCUAUGAAGCUGCUUUUUCACAGAUGUCCACGAUAGGAGUGAAACGUCUAGGAAAGGUAAGCAAAUCUCUCUAAAUCAACUAAAACCAAACGACCUGGCCACAGAUGAUAGCCCAGCGAAAUGGCUUAUCUUGUGGAAAUUUCUAGCAGCCAAGUAAUCUGAUCUAAAUGUGUGAUGUCCAUUCUAAACGUGGAGGGAAAAACCUCCAAAUACGCAGCAGACGUCAGAGCGUCGUGCAGAAAAACAAAACACGCCUCGAGUUUAUUUAACAUAUCUUAGGAAUUAAGAAGGUCUUCAAUUUAUUUCUGAAUGGGAGAAGCUUAGCGUUCAUUUACGCAGCGCCCUUGUGUAAGGCAGGCAAGGUUUCGUGAGCAUGUUUGUGUGUAUGCUGAACUUGUUUCGCACCGUACGUAGCCAAACGCGUUAUUUGGAGGUUUGGGGUGAAGGACAAAAAAACUUUACACAAAUCGCUUCAACAAAUUGCAGAAGGAAGAGAGCGUUCCAGACGGCCGCAGAGGCGCGUCUAAAAGCGCGCGAUGCGUUGAUCGUCUUUGUUAGAUGGUCAGCGUUAGAUGGUCAGCGUUAGGUGGUUAGAUGGUUAGCGUUAGAUGGUUAGCGUUAGAUGGUUAGCGUUAGAUGGUUAGCGUUAGAUGGUUAGAUGGUCAGCGUUAGGUGGUUAGAUGGUUAGCGUUAGAUGGUUAGAUGGUUAGCGUUAGAUGGUCAGCGUUAGAUGGUUAGCGUUAGAUGGUUAGCGUUAGAUGGUUAGCGUUAGAUGGUUAGCGUUAGAUGGUCAGCAAUAGAUGGUUAGCGUUAGAUGGUUAGCGUUAGAUGGUCAGCGUUAGAUGGUCAGCGUUAGAUGGUUAGCGUUAGAUGGUUAGCGUUAGAUGGUUAGCGUGAUGGUCUGUGCUCCUCGAGAUCAACAGGGUAUUGUGAUUAAUUUGUGGCAGAGCACUGCGCCUGUUCCUCCCCUAGGUCGACUCGGUCGCCACUAGGGAGACCGAAGACGACCGGGCGUGGAGCUGGCCACCCACCCCCUCGUGUGCCGCGCCGACGAGAUUAGCAAGAUGGCCGCUGGAGGGAAAACGUUGCUCUGGGAUUGGCUAAGCAGCCUCGCGGACAGCGGCAGCUACGGCCUGAGCUGGGGAGACGCGGAGCGGACCAGCGUGCGGAUCCCGUGGCACCCCACGUCGGCGAUCCCGGACGGAGACUCCAUCUUCAAGGGCUACGCGGUGCUGCGCUGCCGCGACGGCUUGACGUCGCCCAGCACAUGGAGGCAGUCCCUGCGCUGCGCCCUGCGCAGCACUCUGCACUGCGUCUGCAACGGGGCCGACCUCGACCCGCCACAGCCAUUCCGCAUCUACGCGCGGCUCGAACGGCGCCCACAUGAGUCCCCGGCCCCGAUUUUCCCGGCCCCUCCGGACCCGGACGACGUCGCCGUGAACGUGCCGAUGACGACCGCCGAGGGUCACGAGCUGGAGCAAGCCCCGACUUUCCUGGCCUCUCCGAGCCCUGAAAAUGUGGCCAUGGAUAAAGCCAGCGCCCUGCGGCUGACGGUCACUUACCGGGGCCUCCUGGCGCUCAGCCAAACCGUGGGCCCUGGGUCGAUGGCCUGCGACUCCACCUACGGCUGCCUCCUCUUCCACGGCGCCUUGGACCGGGGGGAGGUGAACAGAAACUUCCUGUCUUCGAAGGAGCCCCAACUGUUUCCCGUGAUGCUGCCUCGGCCACCGCAAGGUGACUCCAUGAGUGGCAGCGACCGCAGACAGGUGCAGGAGAGGCUGGAGCUCAUGGAGAACGGGCUGCUGCUGGAGGUAACUCCGCUGGGGAUUUUCUGCACCCGUCUCUGCCGUUGCCGUGUCUACGUUUCUGGACCCGAGACCCAGAAGCCGCAGGGAGACCCCCAAUCCCUGCCCAGGCCCAAGAGCUCUGGGAGCGCCCGGCAACUCAUCUUUGACUUCAAAGAAUUCCAACGAAAGAUGCAGGACUACAUCAGGACCCCCCUGGACAGCCUCGUGCACGCCCCCAGUCACGAGGUGACGCUCUGCAUCGGCACAAAGUGGCCAGACGGCGAGGAAGUUCACAGGAAGCCCAUCGCCGUGCGGGUGGAGCACUUGAGGUCGCACGCCAUCGUCGACGGAUUCAAGCACUUGGGCGUCUGCCCGCGAGACGCUCGCCCCGACUGCUCGGACCCCAACUCUGCCGACAGAUUCCUGGAUUUGCUCAAGAAACUCGAGCUGGGGAGCAGUGCCUAUGACCAGCAGCAGCAGCAGUAGCCCCAGCAGUAGCCAUAGCAUCAUUAGCCCCAGCAGCAGCACCAGCAGUAGUAGCAGCAGUAGCACCAGUAGCAGCAGCAAGAAAGUAAUAAUUAUUUCCAGGGUGACAGCUGCAUUGGUGAUGCUAGCAACUCACAGCAAGAUGGUCUCUGGGUUCGAUUCUCGACUCUGCGUGGAGUUUGUAUGAUCUCCCCCUGUUCUACAGAGUGAGUGGAGUUUGUAUUGUCUCGCCCUGUUCUACAGAGUGAGUGAGUGGAGUUUGUAUGAUCUCCCCCUGUUCUACAGAGUGAGUGAGUGGAGUUUGUAUGACCUCCCCCUGUUCUACAGAGUGAAUGGGUGGAGUUUGUAUGACCUCCCCCUGUUCUACAGAGUGAGUGAGUGGAGUUUGUAUUAUCUCCCCUUGUUCUACAGAGUGAGUGGAGUUUGUAUGAUCUCCCCGUUCUACAGAGUGAGAGUGAGUGGAGUUUUUGUGAUCUCCCCCUGUUCUACAGAGUGGAGUUUGUAUUAUCUCCCCCUGUUCUACAGAGUGAGUGAGUGGCGUUUGCGUGAUCUCCCCCUGUUCUACAGAGUGAGUGGAGUUUGUAUGAUCUCCCCCUGUCCUACAGAGUGAGAGUGAGUGGAGUUUGUGUGAUCUCCCCCUGUUCUACAGAGUGAGUGUAGUUUGUAUUAUCUCCCCCUGUUCUACAGAGUGAGUGGAGUUUGUAUGAUCUCCCCCUGUUCUACAGAGUGAGUGAGUGGAGUCUGUAUGAUCUCCCCCUGUUCUACAGAGUGAGUGAGUGAGUGGAGUUUGUAUUAUCUCCCCCUGUUCUGCAGAGUGAGUGAGUGAGUGGAGUUUGUAUUAUCUCCCCCUGUUCUACAGAGUGAGUGGGUGGAGUUUGUAUGAUCUCCCCCUGUUCUACAGAGUGAGUGGAGUUUGUAUGACCUCCCCCUGUUCUACAGAGUCAGUGAGUGGAGUUUGUAUUAUCUCCCCCUGUUCUACAGAGUGAGUGGAGUUUAUAUUAUCUCCCCCUGUUCUACAGAGUGAGUGGAGUUUGUAUGAUCUCCCCCUGUCCUACAGAGUGAUAGUGAGUGGAGUUUGUAUGAUCUCCCCUUGUCCUACAGAGUGAGUGGAGUUUGUGUGAUCUCCCCCUGUUCUACAGAGUGAGUGAGUGGAGUUUGUUUUAUCUCCCCCUGUUCUAAAGAGUGAGUGGGUGGAGUUUGUAUGAUCUCCCCCUGUUCUACAGAGUGAGUGAAGUUUGUAUGAUUUACCCCUGUGCUACAGAGUGGAGUUUGUAUGAUCUCCCCCUGUUCUACAGAGUAAAUGAUUGCGUGGAGUUCCUACACUUUGACAUUAGAGAAUGAGACUCUACACUGGGACAUGACAGCAAUAGUCUCUACACUGUGACAUGAGAGCAUUAGUCUCUACACUCUACACUGUGACAUGGCAUCAUGAGUCUCUACACUGUGACAUGGUAUCAUGAGUCCCUGUUGCCGUUUUCUAAGUAAAAUGUAAAACGUGUUAAUGAUAUCGUGUUUAUGGUAUCGUGUUUACACUAUUAUUAAAUUGUAUUUAUAGUAACACCCCAAUUUACGCCCUUCCGCUGUUCGUGAUUUACCUCUAACGCACUCGACUUGCCGGUACCAAAUCGCGUUUCACGUCCCCAGCCACCUCGCCAUAACACACUCGAGAUUUGCGAACUUUACCAUCGAGACCCAACUUUGUGUAGUGACGCAGUUCGGAGACAGGAAUUAUUGGAGGCACCUUUAUUCUUUGCACAAUGGGGACUAUACGCACCCUACGUGGGUGUACACUUUAUAUAUUACACACACAACCGUCGAUUGUCGGCGACACUAUCGAGCUGUGACGGAGGCUUGUGUUGCGCCCGAAACGUCGUGAUUACAUUUUUUUUUGUAUACCUACGUGACUUUACCGAAAUAACCAAAGAGUUUGUGAUUUUAUUAGUUUACACUUGAACUUUAUGGCGGGAACCCGGGGUCCCAUAAGCCCCCGGCUCUCGCCUAAACUGCGUUGCUACGUCAUUCUAUGUCUGUUGAAGGCGAACAAUACGGCAAUCUAUUCCUCUCGACUCGCUCUACAGUCUACACGAUGUCCUAAUCAAAGUUUCAAAGUUUUGUUUCUUCUACGCAUUCGACCUCGCUGCGCUUGCAUGACAUAACAGAAUGAUCCGCGCCAGGUGGGUCGCGGCGUGUCUGUGCACGGUGGGAUGGGGUCACCAAAAAUAUAUCAAUUACGAUUUUUACUUCUGUUUAUACAGGUAGGAACAACAGGUCCACACUGCCCACCAGGGAUUAUGUGUCUGUCUGUCGUGCAAAGCCACGCCCUCGAUUUGUAUUUCAUAGAAGAGCGCUUCGGGCAGGCUCAGCGCCACGUGACGCGCCGCCCCACGCAGCUUGCGCCGCGUGACACGGAUCGCACGAAUGCGCCGUCCAACCAAGUUCCUACCUGCCCACUCCGAAGGAACGUGUUUGAACUCAGUCUGUUGUGUUUAGGGUCCCCGGGGUCCCGCCAUAAGGUUCACUUGACCAAGGGCAAAAACAAAUGGCGCGUUUUCGUCCGAAAGUUUCGUGUGUUGUAUCUGUGUACUUUGUUGAAACGUAAACCCAACAGUUUGUCAGUUAAAAGCGUUGUAAGGAUAGGCACGCGCAGAUAGACAGACAAAAAUGACGUUUAUAGGUAAGAUAUACAACAAUCCCUCGCCAAACGUGGAGGUUAGGUUCCUGUAAAAUGUCACGGGAGGCAAAUCCGCGGUUGUUGAAGUACACUAGUACAGGGCCCUAAGGGAAAUACGGGGUUAGGGGAGCCACGGCCGCGGUCAGACUCGCCAUAGCUUAACCAAGUUGCCUGUUUAUUAACUAAACGCCGAAUAAACUCCAGUACAUUACACAAUAAGGUAAUAAUACAUAUAAACUGUUGCAUUAACUUCAUGUACCUUUAAUGUUAAUGAUGGUGAUGACAAUGAGAUGAUGGGGGAACGGCUGGCUAUAAGGAGCCAGAGACACACCGCACUCACCUUCACCACUCACUUACCACGCUCUCGGCUCUACAAUUGAGAGGACAAAAUGAACGUGAAUGCGCUUGCGACAGAGGUCGCAAACGGGUUUUGAUUCCUUACCUGUACCCGGCUGCACCAGGGUCGCAAACGGGUACCCGUACCCAUACCCGGCCGGGUAUGGGUACCCGUACGCUACCCAUACCCUACCCGAAAUGAGUGACAAACGGUGACUCACCAGUGACUCACGGCCUACCCGUACCCGGCCGCACCAGGGUCGCAAACGGAUAGCCGGGUAUCGGGUAGGGUAUCGGGUACCCGGUUGCGACCUCUGGCUUACGACGCGACGUGGUCUAACGCGCUGCGAGAAUUCGAGUAGCAGUUCACGGUACAACGAGAACUGAUGGUGGCAGCUGAUCAGCUUCGCAGCGGCCACGGGGUGGCGCUGUGGCGCGGAAGGAGACCCACGGCUCCGCGAAAUUAGUGGCAAUGACGUCACGCAAAACAAUGACGUCAUGUCGCAACGCAAUGACAUGGUAAACGCGUCAUGUGGCUUCCUUGACACCGCGUGCUUGCUUACCCAUGGAUACUCAAAUUUCCCAACCGCGAUUGGUUAAUGGGUCCCCAUUGGAACCUCAUUUGCCAGUAAAAAAUAUGAUAAUUGUUUUUUUUACCCUUUUGUCUGGCAACAAAACGGACACCUUUUUUACAAGGAGUCAUGUUUACAUAGACCACAAUACCUGCAGUCAUAAUGCAAACCAAAAAACAUAACUCUGAUAAUGAUAUGCACUGUCCUUGAAGUUGAUUGGUCCACACUCGAGACAGCUUUCCUUAGAGCCUAGUCGCAAAUGGUGUUGGACCAUGUGAAAAAAAGGUGUCAGUUUUGUUGCCAGAUAAAAGGGUAAAAAAACGAUCAUAUUUUUUUACUGGCAAAUGAGGUUCCAAUGGUGUAAAUGCUUACCCCGAGCUCUCAUACUCUGAUGGUGCAUUGUCUUUGAGUUGUGCGCCUUUUGGCGUCAUCUGGUCCAACACCAUGUGAGACUAGGCUCUAAGGAAAGCUCUCUCGGGUGUGGACCAAUCAACUUCAAGGACAGUGCAUACAUUAUCAGAGUUGUGUUUUUUGUUUGCAUUAUGACUGCAGGUAUUGUGGUCUAUGCAAACAUGACUCCUCGUAAAAAAGGUGUCCGUUUUGUUGCCAGAUAAAUGGUUAAUGGGUGUUCAAGUAAUACACCGUGUAGACAUGAAACUGUUUGGCAAGUCCGCGGUUGGCGAGGGAUUGCUGUACACUUACUAUUGAGCAUCCUCUGUUUAGGUUCUGUACGAUGUCACGAUCCACCAUACCAUCACUAGUAGUAGUAGGUUCAAUACCACAUUAUGAUUCACCAUCCCAUCUCUAGUAGUCGUGCCUACAACUACUAGGUGGUGGAUUGUAGCGUAAACUAUAUGUAUGAUUAUCCGUAUAGUAUGUAUAAUACGUGGUACAGUACCUACUAGUAGUUACGAUCCACUAUCCCAUCUCUAGAAGUAGUAGGUACUCUACGACCCACCAUCCCAUCUUGGCUUUGAUUGAAGUAUUUUCCAUUUACUUUCUGGUUUUCAGGAACGCAUCCGGGGUGUAACCCGGACUAUGCCUGUACUUUUAUAAACUAAUUUCUUUACAACUGCUUCUCGUGUUUAGUUUAUUGUCUUUUCACCCGUACCUCCGAUCAGCACGGUUGGCUACGUAUGGUGCAAAGGAAGUUUAACAUAGUACUUGUUUCUACCGCUUUAAAGUAAUCUUUAUUUCUUAAGUAAUUCCAUUUCUAAUGUAUUCUUUUAGACCUGCUGCUCGUUAUUUUCUGCGAUGCAUCCGUGUUUGACAAUGUUCUAUUCAUUUCGUUUCAAUUAUAUAAUUCUAUAACAGCA